AUGGAGAUUAAAUCACCAAGCAAGUCUAGUGGAUCUCUGGAACCAUCAGAAUCUGUUAUUCUUACUCCCUUUAAGGAAAGAGCUCUUGAGGAACAGAGACUUAGAGACAGUUUGAUACUGUCAUGGACUCCAAGCCUAAAGAGGCAAUCAGAAGUACAGACAAGUGUAGUACCAUUAAACAAUGAUAUAGCAGAAAUAAGGUCAUAUCUACAGGAUCUAAGUAGUGCUUUAGCGUCAAGAGGAGAAGGAAAGAAUUUAACUUCGCAAUUAUUAUCGCAUACAGAAGAAGGUCAUGAUUCAUCUACCUCAUUUAACAAUGAUGGCAAGAAUAACAAUUUGAAUGAUAUUGAACAAUUGGAUACUGCCAUUCACGAAACAUCAUUUAAUAACAAAAUAAAUACAUUUAAUAAUGUUGAUGAUUCAUUGCUAGUGCAGGAGAUUAACGAAUUAAGUGACUUAACGCGGGAAAUACCUUCAGAAAAUUUAAUAAUGCAAUCAGAUCUGGGCUCUAAUCAUUCUGCCGAUGAUUUUGAUGGUAAUUUUGUUGAACCUUCAUUAAAUAAUGAUAGUCCUAAUGUCGAAAAGGUCGAGAUUGAAAAAAAUGAUGGUCCAAUGACUUUAUCCCAACAGAUUCUAUCCAGGAUACCCAGACAGCGGUCAGGAACGAAAAUACGAAAACUUGAACCAGUUCAUAUAAAUGGUGUUACGAAUCCUAGUAUCUCUGAUGGUGCUACUUUACACAAGGGCGUUGUGAAGAACCCAUUUGUAACUGAGGCUCAACCUCAACGGGAGGCCGAGCCUGAACUCGAAUCUGGAUCUGAGCCUGGACUGAUUAACUAUAACGAUCAAGGUAUACCGGAGACAUUCGAUAUUGAUAUGGAACCCAAUUUACCACAUAUUCCUGAGAGUCCCGAAUCAGAUACCCACGAAAACCACAUUACAAAUCUCGUCUCAGGGUAUGGGGAACUGCCGCAAAAAGAAUACCGUCUCCCUAAUAGUCCCUAUUUUGAGUAUAACGAAGGAUUUCAUGAACCAACUACUCAAACUAAUAUCAUACCUAUUGGCACAAGGCAGUUACAUGAUUUAUUCGAUAACUAUUUGAUAAUGAACAAUAUUAAACUUAAGGAAAAGUCCUGGAAGACUCUACAAGAGAUAUCAUCACAAUUAUUGGGACAGAUUUCCACUAGUCUUGAUAAUGGAAAUGGUCUAAUUGUUCCUCAUCGAACAAAAAUUAUUGAAAUGUUACAGAAUCAUGAGAUCAUUCCAUUAAAUGCAACUGAUAGUGAUAUAUAUGGCUUGUGUUCAUCUUAUCUUACUGUUGAAGAGAUGAAUGAGUUGGAAAUGGAAUGGUUUAGUUAA